AGGCGGGGCCUCCCCUCGCAUCAGGACCAGUCUGGCUGCACCUGCAUCCUUAGCUCAGCGCAUCCCUGGGGCAUCUGAAGAGGCGACCGCAGCUGGCAACCGGGGACCAGACCAUCACAGGGGGCACCCGCCAGAUACCUCCCCGCUCCCCUGACCUAAGCGCUGUAGAGCGGCGGCCUCGGUUCUGAUCCAGGGUUCUCAGAGUUGUCUGACCAUUGCAACAGCCUUUACAGCAAGAGCCUCUGAUUACGACAUGGCCGAAAUCACCAAUAUCCGACCUAGCUUCGAUAUGUCACCGGUGGUGGCAGGCCUUAUCGGGGCCUCUGUCCUGGUGGUGUGUGUCUCGGUGACCGUGUUUGUCUGGACAUGCUGCCACCAGCAGACAGAGAAGAAGCACAAGAACCCACCGUACAAGUUUAUUCAUAUGCUCAAAGGCAUCAGCAUAUACCCAGAGACCCUCAGCAACAAAAAGAAAAUUAUCAAAGUGCGAAGAGACAAAGAUGGCCCUGGGAGGGAAGGUGGACACGGGAACCUGUUGGUGGAUGCAGCAGAGGCUGGCCUGCUGGGCCGAGACAAGGGUCCCAGGCCACCCAGCUCUGGAUCUUGUCUCGGCCAAUUACCCAUCAAAGUGGACUAUGGGGAAGAGCUGAGGAGCCCCAUUGCAAGCCUAACCCCCGGGGAGAGCAAAACGAGUUCUCCAUCGUCUCCAGAGGAGGACGUCAUGCUGGGGUCCCUCACCUUCUCAGUGGACUAUAACUUCCCCAAAAAAGCCCUGGUGGUGACGAUCCAGGAGGCCCAUGGGCUGCCCGUGAUGGAUGACCAGACCCAGGGCUCUGACCCCUACAUCAAAAUGACCAUCCUUCCUGACAAGCGGCACCGGGUGAAGACCAGAGUGCUGCGGAAGACCCUGGACCCUGUGUUUGACGAGACCUUCACCUUCUACGGCCUCCCCUACAGCCAGCUCCAGGACCUGGUGCUGCACUUCCUGGUGCUCAGUUUUGACCGCUUCUCUCGGGACGACGUCAUUGGGGAGGUCAUGGUGCCGCUGGCUGGGGUGGACCCCAGCACAGGCAAGGUACAGCUGACUAGGGACAUCAUCAAAAGGAACAUCCAGAAGUGCAUUAGCAGAGGGGAACUCCAGGUGUCCCUGUCGUAUCAGCCUGUGGCACAGAGAAUGACGGUGGUGGUCCUCAAAGCCAGACACUUGCCGAAGAUGGAUAUCACCGGGCUCUCAGGUAAUCCUUAUGUCAAGGUGAACGUCUACUACGGCAGAAAGCGCAUUGCCAAGAAGAAAACCCACGUGAAGAAGUGCACUUUGAACCCAGUCUUCAAUGAGUCUUUCAUCUAUGACAUCCCCACUGACCUCCUGCCCGACAUCAGCAUUGAGUUCCUCGUCAUCGACUUUGAUCGCACCACCAAGAACGAGGUGGUGGGGAGGCUGAUCCUGGGGGCGCACAGUGUCACAGCCAGUGGCGCCGAGCACUGGCGAGAGGUCUGCGAGAGCCCCCGCAAGCCUGUGGCCAAGUGGCACAGCCUGAGCGAGUACUAACCCUGUGAUCCUCGCCUCCAACCCCAGGGCCAGGCUGGGCAGGGACAUGGUGGGGAAAGAGGUGGCAGAGAGAAGCGGACUCAAAACCUCACUUUAGUUGUAGAAGAAAAUUUCUUACAAAAUAAACCCUACAAAGAACACCCCACAUGACCACAGCUGCAGAUCAGUUCGUAGAGAUGAUGAUUUCUCUCCUUGGCAAGGCACUAGCAAUUCUUUUUUUUUUUUUUUAAUGGGGAAAAAGAGAGAGGGAAAGACCUCUACAAGUUUAUAUAUAACAAUGUAACCUAUACUUGCAUGACUAAUACAAACUGAAGAAAUUAGCCUAGCUGCCAAUAUCAAGUUACAGAUUUUAAUCCAUGAAAACUGUGUUUUGUGCCGAACUGUAUUUGCUGAUUACCUGAAACUGGCCUCUUUUUAUUGGUCUUCUCUGAACAGUUACUCUCCCCACCUCCGCAAAGAAUAUUUUGCUCUUGUAAAACCUCAUAUUUUCAUUGUCCCCAUCUUUUCUUCCUAUUACCUCUGACAUCUCUGCUCUUUUAUUGAGCUCCAGGUCAGAGGUCUGUAGUAAGCCAAGAAACAAAGGUGGACUGGAUUCGGCCGGGUUUUCAGGAGAAAGACUGUUUGAGAGAUGGGGCGUUUUUGCUGUCAGCUCUCCUGCCAUGAAGGGGUAGACGGCAGCCUAUGAUUAAAUUGUGAUGAAGCACAUGGACACAUGAGACUCAUGAGGCAGCAUUAGGUUUACAAAACAAGAUGAUGUCUCUAAUGAGCGCUUUGGAAAUUCCAGCUUCAGCUAUAGGAUAGUACCAGUGAACACAUCCUGCUGAUCCCAAACACUAUUUGCAGGGAUGAGGACAAGGAGAGGAGAGAUGAGAUGGCUGCGACCUCCCUUUUGCAGCUGGAUAUGGAAGUGACAGCUAUUUCUGGUUGAUGGGUUAGAAAUCAUCAGAUGUUUGAAGAAUUAAAUUGGCCUUUGUUUUUCCAGAAAUGCUGACCCUUGAGAAGAAGCUUUAGUCUUCUCAAGUAGCUUAGGCGUGGUUAGUGGUUAGUUUUGCUUUGUAAGGCAAAGGGCCUCAAAAAUUAUUCUCCGUAAAUUUUUUUAGCAAUGACUCUUAAAAAUAGCAGUGAGACUGAGUCAUAAAGGUAACUUGGAUUCUUUCAGGACAUCUUUUCCCUCAAAACAAAGUGCUUGGUUCUUGGAACUGAUGAGGGGAACCACAGAGUUCAGCCCUCCUUCUGCCAGUGGGCACAGAGGUUGGGAGCACUCAGCAUCCUGCUGGGAUUAGAAUUCAAGUCUCUUUUUACUCCUAGUCCAGCCGUGUCUCUAAUGUUGAGACUUCUCAUGGUGGCAGAGACUUCACUGACAAUAAGUAUGCUUGGAUAGGCAGUCGAUAUUUUUGCUAGCCUGAAGAGGAACUCAAGUCAGCAGCAGCUUGAAGCAUGGCCUGAGGGAUUCGCUAAAAUUGAAGGUCCACUUCCAUGCAAGAACACCACUUUCUAACUUACUUCUGAGAAGGGAGUUAAAAAGCUGAGUCGCUGUGGAGAGUGGUGAUGUUGCCUUUGAUGUUCCCUUAGCUCUUGUGGAUUUAAAACCUAUCUGCUCCUCCCGAAUCCUUUGGUUGUUGUCUGUUUUAACCUUGAUUCUUGACAAGGCGGAGCAGGACUGAGCAGGCACAAAGCCCUCUCUGUUCUUGUCCCUGUCAGCUCCCACCCACUACAAUCUGACUCACUCUCUCACCAUCAGUUGGGUUCACACCACCACUCUCUGUCCUAUACUCCAUGGAAUGUAAAUACUGUAUCAUACGUAGAAGAAAAUAAUUUUUGUUUUCUAAAAAUGGCAUUUUGAGAUAGUUUAAUGUAAAUCUAACGAGAGCAUUCUGAAACCCCAUUAGGAAAAAAAUUUAAAUGAUUCUUCUUCAUCGCCUUAAUGUCUAAAGGUCAGAAAUUGCCGAGCAAUCCAUUUUUGUUUCCUUCCCAGAAACAAUGCAAAGCAACAGGUGGAGACAGUCUGAUCUUUGCCCUGCUGUGUGUGCCUCUGUAGCUCCUCCUGACCUAAGAAUGGGAAAACAGCCUCACCCCACUUUUCUCUCUCCCAUCUCCUUGUAGCUUUAUUCCUUGAAUUCGUUGGGUCUACUGAGUAGUGGGUAGUGAGGUGACAGGGGAGGAACCAGUAGUUCUGUAGCCUAUGAGCCGCCUCGGUGUUUUUCUCAGAAAAAAGGCCAAAAGGAAGUACAGGUUUCCUCCCUCCUACCUCAGGCCUGAUCCAUCGUGCCCUUGACUUUGCUGUCCCAAAGUUUCUUAACUGACUUGGGCUUUCACAUUUGUUCCCCCCAGAGCUAACUGAUGAGGGUGGGAGAGGCAUGCCUCCUCCUAAGAGUCAGUUGAAAGACAAGAGAGUCACAUCCUACUUUUUGCACAAGGCACUCACGGUCAGGAAUAGGUUAGGGAAUGGUCACUUCGGAUUUUCCAAGAGUCAGUUCUUCUCUGCUGACAUCUUGAUUCCUUUGGGAAGACAAGGGUUUCUCUUAAUAACAAAAGUCCCUUUAUGAGUUAUUCCUUCUUUCAGUUCUCAGUGGAGCACAGCCAAGAGGUGCGUGCUUAGAAACAGUGCUCUAGGUAUGAACACAGACAGAACUGGUUUGCGGGACAGGGGCAGCUUGCUCAGGAGAGGGGAUAAUGCAAGUCCUUUUUCUUGGAAGGCUUUUAUUAUGGCCAGGAUAGUGACAUUUCCCUCACCAUGAUCCUUCUCCAGUGUGGUUGUCUUUCUUUACCUUGUGUCUUCUCUUGUAAAAAUGAAACUCAAGAAUAAAAUAAACGUUGUCAAAUUAAAAAAGAAAAAUCUGAAAACGCUAACAUGAAUCGUGUGAAAUUGCAUAAUGCCGUAACGCUAACCUACAAUAUGUAAUGCUAUCUUGUAUGUUGAAUUUGUUAAUGCACCGCACAAGUGCAAAAUAAAAACCGAUUCCCAUUAAAUAGAAA